AUGUGGAGACGAAACAACAUACCAGACUACCAAAUGGGCUACCAAGCUUAUCCCUAUCCCGAGCCAACAAUGGAUGAAAGAUACCUCGAGACAAUCCCCGAGGUCGAGUCUUUGUACAGUCGCCGUAGUAGUGUUGCGGCCACUGCUCUUCCAGAACUUCCAUUUCGGCCUGUGCCUCCCAUGGAGGAGCGAGCGUCGGUCUAUUCCAUCGAUCAGGAUUCGGCCUCUCCUAACAUCUCCGACUACAAUCCACCACAGCCCUCGACUCAGCCGAGACAUCAACAUGAUGCCAGUCAAGCAAGUGUCUCACCUUUGAGCAGCCAGACCUCAUUCCACCCCAACGGCUCUGACGCCUCCCUGGUCUCUCCGAUCGAAUCCUCACACCCAACCCCCACGCAGCCAGACAAGUCGUUCAAGAGUCAGAUACCGCGGAAAUUACCCCUUUCAGUUUCACAGAACAAUGCCGAGGAAGGCAUUAAAAAGCGAUGGAAUCUGCGGAAAGAGGCCAACGAAGAGACUCGAUGGGAUGAAUAUUCGGGCGAACCCAGUCAGGCAGGGAAGCCACCUUCCGCCCGUCCUGGAGCAGCCCCAUCAUCUGCAAUCGACCAGUCAUACCCCCAGCUUAAAGAGAGAACGCGCCAAAUCUUGGCUGGUUUGAAGGAAAGGGAAGCAGUCAAAAAGUCGGCUUGGACAAAGUCUUCGUCCCCCACACCAGCAGAUGGAAUAGAUCCCGCAGACCCUUUGGACAAUCCCGUCCAGCGACCUCCAUGGAAGGGGGCAAGUGGUAGACAUGCCAUAGUCGAGCCUGUUAAAAAUACCCCAGAAGCUCGCACUCGACCGCUGAUGCUGGUAGAGCGCCAUAAGAUGGCCGACAAAGAUACAAGCAGCGAGACGCCCGAAGAAACGGUCCCUGUCGAAAACACUGCCAUGUCUCCCAUCGAUUCACUUUCAGUCGCGGCUUCACAACUUCCGAACCUCAGAACUGUGGACUCGGAGGAAAGCCUGAAGCCUGUCGCCCCUCUGAAAACCAGAAAAAUACCACAAGCGCUGUCGCCGCAAGUCCUGUCACCCAAACAGCUUGAGUAUACCCGGCUAUUAGACAGCCCAUUCCAAAGCCCUGGCCCACGUCCACCCGCCGCCGAGCCAGCCCAAAGUCCUGAGCACAGUGCCGUCCAAGAGUAUGGAGCUGACAGCCCUACACUGGGUUCAAACACCCCCUCCUUCAUCGGCCCGGACAGGAGCUCCAGCGAAGAUUCAUUCGAUCCCACCAUGCACCAGCCUCCGUUGCAACGUGAACCAGACACCUCAUCGAGUUGGAACACUUAUGCGACCAGCGCGGCAGAAGAUAGCAGUCAUGUUCCUUCCAGUCCCAUCGCACGAGAGGAACUGACAAGCAGCCCUGUGCCCAUAAUCCAGCUACCACCCGAGGCCGUUCCAGAACCAAUCGUCCUCCGCAAACGUGUUGCGGCGAACAAUAGUGGCCAUCGCAGCUAUGACAACUACAGCAGCAUCUCCCCUUUCUCAACCAUCUCGGGGCGAAAGUCGUCGAACAUCCUCAGAAAGGCUGUCGGCAACGAUUCGAAUGCCAACGACCGCAAUGGGAAACCUCGGGCUGUGUCUCUGAUGUCCAGCCUUUCGGCCACCAAGUCCCUUCCUCCAACACCUGUCGAACUCCAGGCUGCUGAUAAAAUCACUUUUCUCACAGCCCGACUGGAAGACCUCGCUCGGCGUAAACGAAAUCUAAACAAAAUCAUCUUGGAACUUCAGGAAUCACUGAGGAAGAACGCAAUCGUCUAUGACUCGAGAAAGCGCAAGGAAGUCGAUAAGAUGAUAACCAAUCUGAAUUUGGAGAUCCAGGAUGUCAAGAACGAGGAGCACGACGUUCAGCUGAGGCUGCAUCGUGCGCAGAAGCGGAGGGACAAGGACGACUUUUACGAGCAACCUACUGGGCUAUGGAUCAAGAGAGUGACCACCUAA